AUGGAGGAGAGUAUAGGUGCAGUGCACAAAAAGGAAAAGAGACCCAAGCCUGUGUUGCGUGUUGAUCCUGAUGAACAUGUGAUCAGAGGACAGACGGUCAUUCUCACAUGUGACAUACAGGAGACAUACGUCAGCAUCUGGAGCUACAUCUGGAGUAAAGAUGAUUCACAGAUUGAUGUCAGUCAGUCACAGGAAUACAGAAUCAGUUCUGUUAAUGAAUCUCACACAGGUCGUUACAGCUGUACUGGAAGAGAAACAGGAGGAUCACGAUCCUCACACACCAGUGACACAGUUACACUCACACUAUCAGCUCCAUCGUCAAUGGUCAAACUGCUCAGUUCUAUGCUGGCAGCUUCUCUAUAUCUGCUAGUGUCCAUCAUACUGGGAGUCAAGUUCUACAGAGCUCAUGUUCAGACUGGUCAGUAUGCUGUUACAGAGGAGUGA